GCAGCAGGCUGACAGAGGGGGAACAGCUAGUGAGAGGGUUGUAAGAGGAGAGGGGGAAUGAGAGAGAGAAGGGUGUUUCAUUGAAGGCCGAAAGGGGAGAAAGAGGGCAACCAGAGAAGAGUAAGAGGAGAGAGUGGAGGGUCUGUGCAUGCUGGGAGGGAAGGGACAACAGCUAGCGAGGGAGAGAGAACGGUGUUGAAGUAAAAGGAGUGCGGAAGAGUGGACGUUUGUGUGUACAGGCUGACCGAAGAAAGAAGAGUGCAAAAACGGCAAGAGAGACGGCAGAAGGGUGCGAGAGAGCGGGCCCUGUGCUUGCUGAAAGAAGAGGGAGAGACGUGUGGAGACAGAAAGAGGGGUGGACUGAGUUAAGGUUGAGAGGGUUCCACUCCUGGCUGAGUAGAGAGUGAGAAAGAUCAGCUUGGACAGGGGUGUGAGAGGGCUCACAGGGAGAAAAGGGAGAGGGGUUUUGGGGUGUCAAAGAAGCAAAGGAAGGACCUAGCUUCACUGUAUCAGAGUGAAAAGGAGGAGGAAAGGAGAGUGGGUCCCUUUUGAAAAGACGAGUGGAGCCUGAGGAGUAAGAGAAGGAAAGCAGGUCCUUGGGAUAACCGGAUAACUAACUUGUGGAUAAAAUCUGAAAAAGGAGAAGAAGAGAGAACCACAGGAUCUAUGGGGUGCAUUCACAGUACCCAGCGUUGUAGCGGAAAGAGACGCACUCCGGAACCUGAGGGAUCCCCAAAAGUCCACCAUAUCCCCGUUGAAAUUCUACAGCUGGCUGAGCUUGGUAAAGGAGCCGUGUCCCAUGCGUUCACAGAGAAGAGCUGUAGGAUGAAACGACAGGCCAUCGACAUCCCCGGGGAGUGCAAGACAGCCGUUCAUAACGAAUGUGAAGCCAAGCAAGGGUCCACUAAGUCCCUGUCCCAUAAGAAGAGGAGCUCCCUUCCCAGGAGUAAGAGUGUGGAGUGUGUGAUGGAGAGAGUGAUGGCAAGGCACUAUGACUUUGACCUCACCUACAUCACUGAGAGGAUCAUCUCUGUUUUCUUCCUGCCCGAUCUGGAAGAACAACGUUACUGUGGCAACUUACAGGAAGUGGCCGCCAUGCUCAAGUCCAAACACCAAGACAAGUUCCUGCUCUUAAACCUGUCUGAGAAGCGUCAUGACAUCACCAGACUCCACCCCAAGGUUGAAGACUUUGGUUGGCCAGACCUGCAUGCCCCUCCCCUGGACAAGAUCUGUGCCAUGUGUAAGGCCAUGGAGACCUGGCUCACCUCUGACCCCGGCAACGUGGUAGUCCUGCACUGCAAGGGAAACAAGGGGAAGACGGGGGUCAUUGUGGCUGCCUACAUGCACUACAGCAAGAUAUCUGCAGGGGUGGACCAGGCCCUGAACACUCUGGCCAUGAGGAAGUUCUGUGAAGAUAAAGUUUCCUCCUCGCUACAGCCCUCUCAAAACAGGUAUAUCUACUACUUUGGUGGUCUGCUGUCGGGGUCGAUCAGGAUGAAUAGCAGUCCUCUGUUCCUGCACCAGGUCCUCAUCCCCAGCCUGCCGAACUUCCAGGCAGCAGGAGGAGGUUAUUAUCCUUUCCUGAAGAUCUACCAGUCUCUACAGCUGGUCUACACAUCAGGCAUUUACGACCCCCAGGGCUCCAGGGCGAGAAAGCUGUGUGUGACACUUGAGCCGGCGCUACUGCUGAAGGGGGACGUCAUGGUGAAAUGCUACCACCGGCGGCCACAUGGCUCAGAGAGGGAGGCGGUGUUCAGGCUGCAGUUCCACACCUGUACGGUCCAUGGAGCUCAGCUGUGGUUCGGCAAAGGAGAGCUGGACUUGGCCUGUGCAGAUGACCGGUUCCCUCCAGAUGCUACAGUGGAGUUUAUCUUCUCCUACGGCCCAGAGAAAAUGAAAGGGCGAGAGUACCGUAAGAGCGACCCCUCUGUUACAGUGGACUACAACACUUCAGACCCUGUGGUGCGCUGGGACUCCUAUGAGAACUUCAACCUUCACCACCAGGAUAGCAUUGAGGACAUCUCCCAUACGCGGGGCCCCCUGGAUGGCAGCCUGUACGCCCAGGUGAAGAAGCGUCGGGGCCCAGCAUGUGUCGGUGCCUCUGGGGCCUCUCCCAAUGGAUGCCCCCCAAGCAGCCCCACAGCCAAGCCCCAGGCCCAGCCUCAAACCCAGCCCCUGUCCCUCAGCUCCGACUCGGGGCACUCCUCCACCCCCUCAGAACACCUGGAGGACCCCCCUCCUCGCCCCCUGUCCCGUCUGGAGAAAGAGAAGGAAGAGAUGGAUGGUCUUCUGAGGAGGGUAGAGGGGGAGGGCGGAGGAAGGGAAAGGGUGAGGCAGAGGGAGAGGGACAGGGAGACGGCCAUUUUGGAUGACGGAGAGUCUGUGCCGGACGGAGGGUCGAAGCGGGAGCAGCGGUCAUGUUGCAUUCAAGCGGGCCAUGGUCCAAGAUGUCAGAGGUGUGGGGAGGCACCGGGUUGGGAGAGGGCGAGAGAGAGGGAGCCAUGCCUUGCAAAUGGACAUUAUAUGGACCGCUGUAACAGAACCAAGGGGAAUCCAAAGAGCCGAACGCUACCCGCCUUACCCUCCCAGCUGCCCGCGUCUCCUCGCCCUCUCUCGCCCCACCUGAACUUGUGCCAUCGCCAUAGCGCCCAUCCCCUGCCCGAGUUGCCGUGGGAACACCCUCCGCCCCCUUUACCCUGUCUCCAUCGUCCCUGCUACCCCUACCUUGCCCCUGAAAACGUCCACCCACACACCCACACCCUCCCGGCCUCCAAUAGGGUCUUCUGUGGCAGGGAGGAGUGUCAGCUCUUUCAUUACCCCGCCCACGCCCCCCUUUCCCCUCGUCUCUCCCACCAAUCGCUGCCCUCCAGUCCAUAUAGGGAGAUGUUUUACAGCCCGGCGGCUCCUCCUCCUGGUGGCUGCCCAUGUCAGGACUGCACCUGCAGGCGAGAGCACCAAUCGGCUUCAGCCAGAGCCUUCCACCCGCUGCGCCCGGACCAACCAGAGAGCCCACACUGGGCUCGAGGGCGGGACUCUGAGCUAUGGGACAGGGAGGCGGGGCUGAGGCGGGGGAGAGAGUGGCCUCCUCAACUUUGGAAGGCGGAGAAUCUGUGGGAUGCGGAGCGAAAGGCAGAGUUUUGGCAGCGGUCAGUGGGAGGGAUGUCGUCCUAUAGAGGCUAUCAGUCCCCUCUGGAUCAAGGUCACGACCCUUCUGUUUUCCUGCUGGGCCCUAACCUGCCUGGGUACCCCAGCCCCCACCCCCUCCUGGACAACCCCCGUGGUAGCAGUGGGUACCACACCCCUCAACCCCCCCUACACUCCUGCCCCUGCGAGCCCUACCAGCAGGCCUCCCCCUCAGAGAGCCACGGGAGCCGGGGGUACGCCUCGGGGUACCAGUCCGUGUCUGCCUCGCCCCUGCCCCCUGGUGGCCCAAACACUGGUGCCUCCCCCUCUGAACCACUCACCGACCGGCAGCAACAGACUGAUGGGCACAAUGGUGUGUUAGAGGUGGUGCAGAACAGUGUGGGUAUGGAGGACUCUUCUUCCCAGGGGUCAUUGGGGCAAGCAGAGGUUGAUGGACAGCCCGCUUGCCCCACCCCCUUAUCAGACUCUGAUCCAGACUACACAGCUAUCACCAGCAGCCCUGCACACAGUGAAGACAGUGAGAAGAAGCCAGAUGAAGACAAGAUGUGUGACCCCACCGAGGGUUCCACCUGGAGUCCUCCAGCAGGCCCCCAGGAGCCCCAGGAGCCAAGUCAAGGGCCCCAGCAGAUAGAGUCAUUCAGUGGGGCCCCAGUGUCUGAAGCCUCACCCUCCCACUCCACCAUGCGGGAGCCUAACACCAACAGCAACAGUAGCACGCCAGAAACCGAAUGGACUCUGCCGAAUGGACACUCCACGACACCACCAAAGUUGGCGGAGACACAAAACCAAGAUGACAUCUCUUCUUCUGAAGAGACCGUACAGAUGCCGAAUGAACGCGUAAACCCUACUGGCUCAACCCAAGUGCACACUGUAAGUGUAAGUGUGCAUCCACCUCCAACUACAGCUGAAGAUGGAGAAUUGAAGGCCGUAGAGAGUGUAACAGAGGGGUCUAGCGGAACUGAGAUGUCCACUCCGGCCGCCUCUGUCCCGAACCCAAGGCAUUCAUUCGUCCCAGUCCAAGUGCAACUCAAUGGCACCGCCCUUCCCAGUGACUCCCCCCAGUCAGAAAAAGGCAGUGGCACAUCCCUGACCCCUUGUUCCAGCCCCAGCUCCGCCCCUACCUCUCUGCACCUUUACAUUGGCUCCCCAGAGCGAUGCCCCUCCCCUCAGCUCUCUCCAUUGGACACGGACCCAGCUGGGCGAAGACUGACCCCUGUGAGUGACAGCGACCACAAACCCCCGUCGCCUGUCCCAGAUGGGUACAACACCCCCACCUUUCCCCUGGCGUCCUAUUACUACCCUCUACUCAACGUGCCCCACGUCCCCUACUCAGGCUACAGCGCCGUCACCAUCCCCGCCACCCAGCCCCCACUCCCCGAAAAGAGGCACCUGUCCUCAAUGCCAGGGUCCCCCAACGGGUACGGCUCCCAGUCUCUUCUCAGGGCCUCCCUGGGUGCCAUAGGACCUAUGGGUCUCUCUCCCCAGUCCAGCCUCCUCCAGGUCCCGUCUAUCAGACAAGGACUGGCGCCCCCUGGUGUCAGAGAGGAGGUGGUGGAGAGCAGUAAGGUCAAUGCCAAGUUUGUCCAGGACAGCUCCAAGUUCUGGUACAAGCCUAGCAUCUCAAGAGACCAAGCCAUCGCUGUGUUGAAGGACAAGGAGCCGGGGUCCUUCCUGAUCCGGGACAGUAGCUCCUUCCAAGGGGCCUACGGCCUGGCCCUCAAGGUGGCCAGCCAUCCUUCAAACAACGUCAACAACGCUUGUAGUAAAGUGGAUUCUCAGGAGCAGCUGGUCAGACAUUUCCUCAUAGAGACGGGCUCGCGGGGGGUCAAGAUAAAGGGCUGUCAGAACGAGUCCUAUUUCGGAAGUUUAACUGCCUUGGUGUACCAGCACUCCAUCACUCCCAUCUCCCUGCCAUGUGCCCUGUGCAUCCCAGAGAAAGAUCUGGUUGGAGAGCUGCAGGAGAUUCAUAGUGCCAGCAACACCAGUACUGCAGCGGACCUCCUCAAACAGGGCGCAGCCUGUAAUGUACUCUACUUGAACUCUGUGGAGACAGAGUCACUGACGGGGCCUCAGGCUGUCUCCAAGGCGACCAGGUGCACUCUGUCCCAGAGUCCUCGGCCCACCGCCUCUGUGGUCCACUUCAAAGUAUCCACUCAGGGCAUCACGCUGACUGACAGCCAGAGAAGACUCUUUUUCAGGAGACACUACCCCAUCAACAGUGUGACCUUCAGCAGCGUGGAUCCUCAGGACCAGAGGUGGACUAAUUCUGAUAAGUCAAGCAAGGUGUUUGGUUUUGUGGCCAGGCGGACGGGCAGCACAUCGGAGAACGUGUGUCACCUGUUUGCUGAGAUGGACCCGGAGCAGCCAGCUGUGGCCAUCGUCAACUUUAUCAACAAGGUCAUGCUGGGGCCCCAGCAGCAACGCAGAUGAGCUAGGGUCCCCAGAGCAAGGGCCACAACAGGGGAUAACAGUGUGUGGGUCACAAUGUGAAAAUUGGUGGGUUUGGGUGGGCGAUAAUUGGUGGGUAUGUGUGUCUGCAAAUUGGUCGGUGUGUUUGUGUGUACAAAGUGGUGGGUGUGGGUCUGCAAAUUGGUUUGUGUGUGUGUGUGCAUGUUUGAAGAUAGCUGUCCGCUGAUCCAAGAGAGGAACCGGAUUGAACAGGAAUUAUGUCCAUCUGGACGGUACAUUAGAAAGGUUAGAGAACAUAUUUUGAGGUGAUAGCGUUAAGCUUUUCCUCUACGGUUGAGUGAGUCAAUUAACACCACCUCUGCUGGGUGAGAUUUCUAUUAUAUAUUUUUUGUCCAUUCAGUUACUGUUUGCCAUCACCUUUCAUUUAAUCAUAUUGUUUAUUACUAUGUAUGUGUAAUUGUAAAUAGGCAAGCCUUAUAAAAAGCCUAUACAAUGUCAAUGACUACCCAGUUUGCACACAAGCAGAUAUGGAAAAUCACUUUUUAUUGGUCAGUAUUAUGUUACCCAAUUUCUGUAUAGUCAACCUCUUUGACGAGUUGGACAAAACAGCACAGAAGGUGGUUAUACAGUAAAUGUAUGUGUGAGUGUAAUGGAAUGUCAGAAAUGGAAUCGGAUUGGGAGUCAUUUUAUUGCAUUUACAGUUAAACUGGAAUGGCAGCAUAUCCUGGGUCGUGUUCAUUAUGUACGAAACGUACUGAAACAAAGGAUAACCUGGACUUGCUCAUUUUCUGUUGCGAAACCUUUUUUAAAUGUUUUCCCUUGCGUGCCCUAAUGAACAUGACCAUGGUCUUUUUUUUGUUUUUUCUAUCAUGCCAGUACUGAGGUGGUUACAUUGGGCUGACAUGCCAAAGAGAGUAAAAGCAAGUGAUCCCAUGGAGAGCUAUUUGAAGAGUUGAUUAAAUGCUAUAUUGAUACGAUGAACUGUGACGUUUGAAAUCAGUUUAAAUUUACACACAAUAUCCCAAAGCAUAUUUUCCAAACCAUAUAAGAACUUUCCUACACAAUGUUUAUGUACGUUAUGCACUUCAAUGUACCAAUUAAUAACUGUGAGCGUAGCUCACCAUGUCCCAAGUGAUAUGGGUCUUGCAUUGAGAAUCAGAAAAUAAUCGUGUUUUUCCCCCUAAAACGUAUUUUUCAUAUGAUAUCAAAAUAUAUUUCAUACUGUAUGUAAAUGAAAUCAACCUGAGAGUGAACCCUGUAACUUAAAAUGAGUCAUAGCUCAACAUCCUUCAAAGGAUGGGCUACAGCAAGAUAAAUGAAAACCAUGACAGAAAAGAUUGAACUGGAGAUUAUCUUUGGGCAAAAAAAAUAGGAGUUUUAUGAUCUCAUUUUUAUUGGGUUAUAUUGUCAGAUCACAGUAGAUUAGAAAAAAGGUUUCCAUCAACACUUUAGGAGUACGAAUUCCUUUUUUUUCCAAUUUCCAGGGCCUGCAAUUUGCUUUGUAUUAAACCAAACAUGCUGUAUAGCCAUAAAUUCCACUGAAGCCAAAGACAACCAAGCACUCAUAUUUUGUUUUGUAAAGGAAUACUGUAUUAUUGAGGCUUGAUUCUUGUAUACUCUUUUGUGCUGUUUUGUUGUUAUUGAGUGUUUUAUAUGACAAAAACAGUGCAGUAUUUAGAUUAAUUACUUAUUGUUUGUAUUUUUCAUAUGGCGUUUAUGACAGAAAUAAUAUAUUUUCAGUCUCUGAAAAAGUUUAUAACAAAGCAGUGUAAUAAAAACAUUUAUAUUUUUAACAGAACAUUUAGUAAAUAAAGGGUUGGGGAAAAAUGUGUUCUGUCUGCCUUAAUUGCAAUUACCUCCCAAAAAUGUUGUGAUAUUUCCAAGGGAUUUUAUUGGAUCCAUCCUAAUUCUAAUAGGCCUUUAGAACCAGUAAAAACAUGCCAGGCAUAAUACACCUAUGUUUAGUGGUGGUAGACCAUUUACAGUGCCUUCAGAAAGUAUUCACACCCCUGGAAUUUUUCAACAUUUUGUUGCUACAGCCUGAAUUUCAA